CUGAACGGAUCUGGCAACCCAGCCGUUUCCCGUCGCCCUCUCUCUCGCCGCGUGUGCUUCAGCCGCAUUCGGAGCAGGCGCGUGGUGGCGUUGACGAAAAGAAAAACGUGAAGGCUCUCCGGUUAGAGAGCUCUUAACUUCAUAAAGCAACUGAGCUGCCGCCAAAAUGCUCGUGUUAUUCGAGACCGCCGCUGGAUACGCGAUAUUCAAAGUCCUCGAUGAAUCCAAACUGCAACAGGUCGACAGCCUGUAUAAGGAGUUUGAAACUCCCGAAAAGGCGAAUAAGAUUGUGAAGCUGAAGCACUUUGAGAAGUUUCAGGAUACGACAGAGGCCUUAGCAGCUGCCACUGCACUCACCGAGGGAAAAAUUGGCAAGAGCUUGAAGAAAGUGCUGAAGAAAGUUGUUGCGAAGGAGGCUCACGAGCAGCUGGCCAUCAGUGAUCUGAAACUUGGCGGUGUUAUUAAAGAAAAGCUGGACCUGGCCUGCGUCCACAGCCCUGCAGUGGCUGAACUGAUGCGUGGCAUCAGGACCCAGAUGGAGAGCCUCAUCACGGGACUUCCCCCUAGAGAGAUCAGCGCCAUGUCUCUGGGGUUGGCUCACAGUUUAUCCCGCUACAAGCUGAAGUUCAGUCCAGACAAAGUGGACACUAUGAUCGUGCAGGCCAUCUCUCUCCUCGAUGACCUGGAUAAGGAGCUUAACAACUACAUCAUGCGCUGCAGGGAGUGGUACGGAUGGCACUUUCCCGAGCUGGGAAAGGUUAUCACAGACAACUUGGCUUACUGCAAAGCUGUCCGCAAAAUUGGUGAUCGCACGAACGUGGCCGGCUCCGAUCUGUCAGACCUUCUCCCAGAGGAAAUCGAGGCCGAGGUUAAGCUGGCCGCCGAGAUCUCCAUGGGAACAGAAGUGUCCGAACAGGACAUCGGCAACAUCAAGCAUCUGUGUGAUCAAGUGAUAGAGAUUUCAGAUUACCGCACUCAGCUGUACGACUACCUGAAGAACCGAAUGAUGGCGAUCGCCCCCAACCUGACAGUCAUGGUGGGCGAGCUGGUCGGCGCCCGUCUCAUCUCACAUGCAGGUUCCUUGCUGAAUCUGGCAAAGCAUCCGGCUUCCACAGUGCAGAUCCUCGGAGCAGAGAAAGCUCUGUUCAGAGCCCUGAAGACCCGCAAAGACACACCCAAGUACGGUCUCAUCUACCACGCCUCCCUAGUGGGCCAGACCACUGCCAAGAAUAAGGGCAAGAUCUCCAGAAUGCUGGCAGCCAAAGCAGCCCUGGCUAUUCGUUAUGAUGCCCUGGGAGAGGACACGAACGCAGAGAUGGGAGUAGAGAACCGCGCCAAGCUGGAGGCCAGGCUGCGCCAGCUGGAGGAGAAGGGAAUCCGAAGAAUCAGUGGAACAGGCAAAGCGAUGGCAAAGGCAGACAAAUACCAGCACAAGAGUGAAGUGAAAAUUUACGAUCCAUCCAGUGACUCUACCAUUCCCUCCACCUCAAAGAAGAGGAAGUUUGAGGAGGUAGAGGAGGAGGAGGAGGCGGAGGAAGUGGCAACGCCGUUGGUCAAAUCCAAAAAGGCCAAAAAGGAGGCGGUAACAGAAGUAGAAGAAGCGGCAGCGGAGGAGACGCCCAAGAAAAAGAAGAAAAAGAAGAAGGUGGAGGCUGAAGCCGAGGAACCAGAGGAGGAAGCUGUACCAGAGGUAGCAGUAACAGAGUCGACAGAAAAGAAGAAAAAGAAGAAAAAAAAGAAGGUUAAGGAGGAGGAGGAAGACGACGAGUAAAGGAGUGGAGCGUGUAUAUAUUUUUAGUUUUUGUCAUUUUACUUUUGUGUUAUACAUUUAUAUCUAAUGAGGGCAAACUGUUGAGUGCCUGUUGGUGGCCAUCAUGUUCACUGAGUCUCCUUCUGUCACUGAGAGUAUUUCCAGUCAAAGUCAUUUUAUUUUUUUAAAGAUACGGAUUCAGUUUGUAAUCUUCUACCAUGAAUUUUAUUUGUGCACACAUCUGUAUCAGGCAUGUAUUCAAUUCAGCACAAAGGAAUGACUUCCCAGCUCUCUCAACAUCCGCCCCGCUGAAAUAAACAAUUUUUGUUGUAA